CAUUAACUUCCAGAAGUUGUUGCUCAGUUCAGUUCAGUUCAUUUCAUUUCAAUUAUUAAGUCACGAAAUCACUCCGGAAAGAUCCAAAAAUGGAAAAAGAUAGUAGAAAGAAGAAACAUGCGAAUAAGAAGAAAGACAUUUCUGGGAACAGAAGUCCUCUUCAUGAUUUGAAUGGCCAAGUUCUGAUUCUCAGAAAGAAUUGCAAAAACCGCACAAUUUCUUCUUCUGUUUCCGUUGAAGCUUCCGAAGGCUGUUCUUCUUCAACAAAAACCCUUCCUACAAAAAAGCCGAAACCUCAAUUCAAAUUUACAAACUGUACCGCCCAAAAAUCAGCAACAGCUGGACGAGGUAGUUCAAUGGUGCUCAGAUCUAAGGAAGAUGAUAUUCGCAAAAAGCUCAUUUCUCAGAAGCAACGGAAGAACCAUUCUCUCCUGUAUCGGAGGAACAUCAAUAAAAAAUCAACCCUUUCCUCUGGUCCUCGCAAUCCAGUGAAUACACUGAAGAAAGGGUUCGAAGAACUUGGGGAAAAGCUAAAGAACUUGCAGGAAAGUGGCCCAGGAAAAGCAGUAUGUGGCUCUGGUUUAGAAUUUGCAAAUUUACAUGAUAAUAAGAAUAUAAGAGAAGACUCAGCUUCAAGAACAAUUGAUAGUAAUGGUAGUACUGCUACUAAAACUCCUCCUGUUGAGGCCUCUGUGUCUCCUGAGAUUCAAUGUGGGUCUCACUCAAAUGUGUUGGUUUCCGCAGCAGCUGUGACACCUAUUUGUUAUGGUGCUGGGCACCUUGUCUCGGGGGUUACGGAUAAGAGAAAGUGUAGAUCGAGAGGGAUUCUCACUGUAGGUGGUGAAAACGCAAAUCUUUUUGAAUAUGGAAGUAAUGAGGGGAAAGUGAUUGACGAAUCUCAGGCGUCUUUGAUUCCGAUGCCUGCCGAAGCUUCAUUGCUCUGGCUAUUGCCUCCAUGUGAUGAGGAGUACGAGGGAAAUGAUAGUGAUUUGGAAAAGAAGUUGGAACGCUGUAGGAAGAUACCUGGGAAUGAUUCUGUGUUGCUUGAUUUAGGAUCUUCUCCUUCAACAUUAAGUGGUAAUGCAUCUGAUUUCGAUAGCUACGGGGUCAGUAGUAAUGUAGGUGAUACAGAAAGUACUGGGAAAACAAGGAUUGUGUGGCGUUCUCCAAGAAGAGUUCCCGAGCAGCAGGCAUUUUCAGGGCCUUCUUCCAGAAAAAUAGAUGAGUUUUUCUUAGUUGAUACUUCUCAUUGCACACCUAUGGAUAAGACUAUCAAUUCAAGAGAGGACAAAGACUACAGUUACAAUCAGAUUGGAGAUAGUGCUGCAGUGUCUGUUGGUUCUUUAAGUAGUGGAAAUGUCAUUCAGACACCAGAUUCAAAUUCAAGCUCAGAAAGGCAUUUUGAUGACUAUGAACAUCAAAGAAUUCACUUCAAAUCGGAAUUUGAGUUGGUGACAGAUAUACUACAUGGAGCGAGCCUGUCACCUAGAAGUAAGAUGUCAAUAUGUGAUGCAAGUGGUUUUGAUAUGCAUUUCACUGACUUGGCUUCACAUUCUGAUUCUAUUGACCUCAACCAACUUCCUCAAAAAAGUUUGGGCAAAACUUCUUCUGUCUUUGAUUCAAUGUCAGAGAAUCUGUCAGUAUCCCAGAUGAGGAUAUCAUGGAUGGAUGGACUGGUGAGCCAGACGCAUGAGAUGGAUAGAUUUGAUUGUUGCAGGUGCUUGUCAGAUGAAGAAGUUGAUGCUGAGGGAUGCUCCGACAAGCAUCAAAUGGCUUAUCCAGGGAUUGAAUCUGGUGCAAACAAAGAAUGCGAUAUGUUGAGAAACAGUGGUCUCAAAUCUCCUGUGCUGGACUGUGAAUCUACAUUUCUGAGAAUAGAGAAGCCAUUAUCGCCACAUAGACGAAACUCAUGUGCUGAGUCCAUAAGCACAAAUGGCGGUGGCUUAGUUGCUUCAGGGGAUUCAGAUUGGACAAUUUGCUGCAAAGACCACUUCUUUUAAGUCUGAUAAUUACGAAAAUUUCUUUGAAAGUAAGUUAUUUUUCUUUGCCUUAAGGUUGAGAUGUUUUCUUCCUGUUGAUGCUAACUUUGGCGAGGAUCUAUAAUAUACUGCAGACUUAAAAUUCUGUAGACUUGUCCUUAUUGGAUCUUGUUCUAUGAAGAAGCUUUACAUUGACAAUCUGUAAAAAAUGAACCUUCAUUAAUAUCCUGUUUAUUAGUAUAGGACCACCAUUUCAAGUGAAUUGCUUAAUCAGCUAUAUGGUAAUUUGAGGUUUAAGAUUUGGUUGGGUUUUAUGUUGGAAUUGAGUAGCUUUUGUCUUCACUGAGGUGUACGGCUUUGAAGUUUUUCUAUAGCAUAGUGUUUUUUUUUUUUUUGGGGAAUUGUAUAUGUGAUUGGAGGACUUUUUUCACUGUGAUGUUUAAUUUUAUUGCUUCUUUCUCACCCAUCUGAAAACUUAAUAUACAUUGUUUAUUCUUU